CCUGCGUGUCCCUCCGCUCUCCGACUGGUGCGACUUCUCCUCCCUGCGCUGGCGGGGCAGGGUUUUAGCCUCGCUUCUCGCGAGAUCGCCUCCUGUUGCUGCCGCCGCCGCUCCCGGCCGCUGACUGGCGGCGCCUGCGCAGCCGCCAUGUUCGGUUGCUAUGCUGCGGCCUGGGAGAGGGGGUGUGCUUGAGGGAGGAGGAAGAGAUAGCGGAGGAGGAGGGGGAGGAAGGGGAGGUGGAGAAGGAGGGGGGUGACUGAGCUCCUCUUGCACUCUCACACAGAAACGCUGCCCAGGAUUACCCGCCAGCUCACGCCGCGCAGCGCGCUUUUCCGCUCCUCGCGCCCCACCACCAACAUUGUUCUCUCAGGACUCCUGGGUCCCAGGAGCCAGAAUUGGGCCUGAGCCGGAGAGGAAAGAGACUUGGCUUUGGCCGAGGGGUCGGAGGAUUGGGGCCAGGCCCCCCUCCCCCACGCACUUUUGGGGGUGUGGAUUAUCUCAUCCCCGCAGGGAGGUAGGAGAGGUCGCCGGCUGCCCGCCUCCCUGCCACCUCCCUGGCGACGCCGGCCCGCGGCUGCCCAGCAGCAUGAGGUGGUGCUGGCGGCUCCGGGUCGUGGCGCGACCGCUGCGGCGGCGGCUGCUCGGGGGGCGCUGAGGUAGCCCCCCGGAGCGGCACGGCGGACGCGCUUCUCCCCUGCGCGCCGGGGCCUCGAGGCUUUUUUUCUCCAGCCGAGAGGACGCGGCUGUGAUAUACGAAGACUUUGUGUGGACAGUAAUGACCUCACGUUUCCGAUUGCCUGCUGGCAGAACCUACAAUGUACGAGCAUCAGAGUUGGCCCGAGACAGACAGCAUACAGAAGUGGUUUGCAACAUCCUUCUUCUGGAUAACACUGUACAAGCUUUCAAAGUCAAUAAACAUGAUCAGGGGCAAGUCUUGUUGGAUAUAGUCUUCAAGCAUCUUGAUUUGACUGAGCAGGACUAUUUUGGUUUACAGUUGGCUGAUGAUUCCACAGAUAACCCAAGGUGGCUGGAUCCUAACAAACCAAUAAGGAAGCAGCUAAAGAGAGGAUCUCCUUACAAUUUGAACUUUAGAGUCAAAUUUUUUGUAAGUGACCCCAACAAGUUACAAGAAGAGUAUACAAGGUACCAGUAUUUUUUGCAAAUUAAACAAGACAUUCUUACUGGAAGAUUACCCUGUCCUUCUAAUACUGCUGCCCUUUUAGCUUCAUUUGCUGUUCAGUCUGAACUUGGAGACUGCGAUCAGUCAGAGAACUUGUCAGGCUACCUCUCAGAUUAUUCUUUCAUUCCUAAUCAACCUCAAGAUUUUGAAAAAGAAAUUGCAAAAUUACAUCAGCAACACAUAGGCUUAUCUCCUGCAGAAGCAGAAUUUAAUUACCUAAACACAGCACGUACCUUAGAACUCUAUGGAGUUGAAUUCCACUAUGCAAGGGAUCAGAGUAACAAUGAAAUUAUGAUUGGAGUGAUGUCAGGAGGAAUUCUGAUUUAUAAGAACAGGGUACGAAUGAAUACCUUUCCAUGGUUGAAGAUUGUAAAAAUUUCUUUUAAGUGCAAACAGUUUUUUAUUCAACUUAGAAAAGAAUUGCAUGAAUCUAGAGAAACAUUAUUGGGAUUUAAUAUGGUGAAUUACAGAGCAUGUAAAAAUUUGUGGAAAGCAUGUGUAGAACAUCACACAUUCUUCCGUUUGGACAGACCACUUCCACCUCAAAAGAAUUUUUUUGCACAUUAUUUUACAUUAGGUUCAAAAUUCCGGUACUGUGGGAGAACUGAAGUCCAGUCAGUUCAGUAUGGCAAAGAAAAGGCAAAUAAAGACAGGGUAUUUGCAAGAUCUCCAAGUAAGCCCUUGGCACGGAAAUUAAUGGAUUGGGAAGUAGUAAGCAGAAAUUCAAUAUCUGAUGACAGGUUAGAAACACAAAGCCUUCCAUCACGAUCUCCACCAGGAACUCCUAAUCAUCGAAAUUCUGCAUUCACGCAGGAAGGAACCCGGUUACGACCAUCUUCAGUUGGUCAUUUGGUAGACCAUAUGGUUCAUACUUCCCCAAGCGAAGUGUUUGUGAAUCAGAGAUCUCCAUCAUCAACACAAGCUAAUAGCAUUGUUCUGGAAUCAUCACCAUCACAAGAGACUUCUGAAGAUGGGAAGCCUCCAGCUUUACCACCCAAACAAUCAAAGAAAAACAGUUGGAACCAAAUUCAUUAUUCACAUUCGCAACAAGAUCUAGAAAGUCAUAUUAAUGAAACAUUUGAUAUUCCAUCUUCUCCUGAAAAGCCCACUCCUAAUGGUGGUAUUCCACAUGAUAAUCUUGUCCUAAUCAGAAUGAAACCUGAUGAAAAUGGAAGGUUUGGAUUCAAUGUAAAGGGAGGAUAUGAUCAGAAGAUGCCUGUGAUUGUGUCUCGAGUAGCACCAGGAACACCUGCUGACCUCUGUGUCCCUAGAUUGAAUGAAGGGGACCAAGUUGUGCUGAUCAAUGGUCGGGACAUUGCAGAACACACCCAUGAUCAGGUUGUGCUGUUUAUUAAAGCUAGUUGUGAGAGACAUUCUGGGGAACUCAUGCUUCUCGUUCGACCUAAUGCUGUAUAUGAUGUAGUGGAAGAAAAGCUAGAAAAUGAGCCAGAUUUCCAGUAUAUUCCUGAGAAAGCCCCCCUAGAUAGUGUGCAUCAGGAUGACCAUUCCCUGCGGGAGUCAAUGAUCCAGCUAGCUGAGGGGCUUAUCACUGGAACAGUCCUGACACAGUUUGAUCAACUUUAUCGGAAAAAACCUGGAAUGACAAUGUCUUGUGCCAAAUUACCUCAGAAUAUUUCCAAAAAUAGAUACAGAGAUAUUUCGCCUUAUGAUGCCACACGGGUCAUUUUAAAAGGUAAUGAAGACUACAUCAAUGCGAACUAUAUAAAUAUGGAAAUCCCUUCUUCCAGCAUUAUAAAUCAGUACAUUGCUUGUCAAGGGCCAUUACCACACACUUGUACAGAUUUUUGGCAGAUGACUUGGGAACAAGGCUCCUCUAUGGUUGUAAUGUUGACCACACAAGUUGAACGUGGCAGAGUUAAAUGUCACCAAUAUUGGCCAGAACCCACAGGCAGUUCAUCUUAUGGAUGCUACCAAGUUACCUGCCACUCUGAAGAAGGAAACACUGCCUAUAUCUUCAGGAAGAUGACACUGUUUAACCAAGAGAAAAAUGAAAGCCGUCCACUCACUCAGAUCCAGUACAUAGCCUGGCCUGACCACGGAGUCCCGGAUGAUUCCAGUGAUUUUCUGGAUUUUGUUUGUCAUGUACGAAACAAGAGGGCUGGCAAGGAAGAACCCGUUGUUGUCCAUUGCAGUGCUGGAAUUGGAAGAACUGGGGUUCUUAUUACUAUGGAAACAGCCAUGUGUCUCAUUGAAUGCAAUCAGCCAGUUUAUCCACUAGAUAUUGUAAGAACAAUGAGAGAUCAACGAGCCAUGAUGAUCCAAACACCUAGUCAAUACAGAUUUGUAUGUGAAGCUAUUUUGAAAGUUUAUGAAGAAGGCUUUGUUAAACCCUUAACAACAUCAUCAAAUAAAUAAGAAAGCAGAAAAAUCUGGGAUAUGUGUUGGAAAACUGCUUUCCCUUAUGUUCACUGUGCCAUAAUGCUGCUCGCAGGAAAUGGCAUUUUACAAAAAAAAAUGAAGAACUCAAAAAAACUUUGAAAACUUCAGCACUGUUGCACUUUAUGUUUUAAAAAAUGUCACUCUUUCAAAAUCUAUAACUCAUGUAUUUGAAGACUGUUUCAUGCUUUGCUCCGAACAAAUAGUAAAUAACUGAGUAUGUUCAGGGUAAUUUAUGAAAUUUUGUAGUGGUGCCAUGCAAUCCCCUUUUGGUAGAAUUGCCACAAACAAGGCUCAAAAUUCUCAUCAUCUCUGUUAUACACCUGUAUCAUGAAAGCAAAAAGAAGUAAACAUCAGGAGUCAGCUCUG